AUGUCUUCCGAAAUGCUAAGAAGUAUUCAAGGCUUAUCUGGAAGACAAAGAUGUUUUUACAGACGUUUUUUCAGCGCAGCGACUUCCAAGUAUAAGCUCAUCAACAGAAUUCGAACACCAAUAGAAGCUGGACAGGCCCUCUUUGAGACUAGACCCAAUUUGCUGAAACCAGGAGAACUUACUCCUGGCAUAUCUGCUAAAGAAUACUACCAAAGGCGAGUUAACCUGGCUAGAAGAAUGCCCUCAAAAAGUUGCGCUAUUCUAGCUGGCAGCCAGAUCAAGUAUGCAUCUGGUGCAGUAUUUUAUCCAUUUCAACAGAAUAAUAAUAUGUACUAUUUGAGCGGCUGGAACGAGCCAGAUUCCGUCAUGUUGCUGGAGAAACCAACGGAUGAUUUAAAUGACAUUGUCUUCCAUAUGAUUGUGCCGCCAAAGGACUCGUUUGCUGAGCAAUGGGAAGGUACAAGAACCGGUAUUGAUGGUGUUAAAGAAAUAUUUAAUGCCGAUGAGGCAGCGGAUCUAUCAGUUCUGUCCUUGUAUAUAGCGAAGAUCAUCAGGAGAAAUGAUAUCCUCUACUUUGAUGCCCCAAAAGACAAAACCACCGUAAGCAACCCUGGGCUCUUCAGCUCAUUUUUCUCCUACCACACUACAGCUAAUGGGCAUCAAACAGUCUACGAUGUUAUUAAAGAUGCAGGCACAAUGAAGAAGGUAAGAAAUCUGAAUAAGGUUAUAGCAGACCUGAGGAAGAUAAAAUCGCCAGCUGAGUUGCGUGUAAUGAGAAGAGCAGGGCAAAUAUCUGGUAGAGCUUACAAUCAAGCAUACGCCACAAGAUUUAAAAACGAAAGAACUUUGCAAGCCUUUCUGGAAUAUAAUUUUAUAUCAGCGGGUUGUGAUAGAUCUGCCUAUGUUCCUGUCGUGGCAACAGGCUCAAACGCGCUAUGCAUUCACUAUACAAGAAAUGAUGAUGUGAUGUAUGAUGACGAGAUGGUUCUUGUAGACGCUUCGGGCUCUAUAGGAGGCUACUGUACCGAUAUUUCUCGUACUUGGCCAGUCAAUGGGCAGUUCACAAACCCGCAAAGAGACCUUUAUGAAGCUGUUUUAAAUGUUCAAAAAGAGUGCAUGGAGCUAUUCAAGGCCUCGAAAGGGUACUCUAUUCAUGACAUACAUGAAAAAAGUGUCGACUUCAUGAAAAUCGAGUUAAGAAAUGUUGGAUUCAACGACAUUCAAAAAUGGGAUGUUAACAAGCUGUAUCCCCAUUAUAUAGGUCAUCACUUGGGACUAGAUGUUCACGAUGUUCCUGAAGUCUCAAAAACAAAGCCUAUAGAGGAAGGACAAGUUAUAACUGUGGAACCUGGAGUUUAUGUUCCUGAUGAUCAGAAUUAUCCAAGUCACUUCCACAACAUAGGUAUAAGGAUCGAGGACGAUAUUGCAGUGGGCAUCGACAGCUAUACAAACUUAACUAUUGAGGCUGCUAAGGAGAUUGCUGAUCUUGAACACAUUAUGGAACACGGUGUUAUGCAAAAGAUAGAAAAGGACGUCAUUUCUCCACUUUCAUGA